AUGGCGAUGGAGUUUUGUGAGAAGCUUCAAGACUUCGGUCCAGGCCUCGCGGAAGCUUCUAGUAGCAGCGCAAAAAGCAGCGGAAAGAGCAGCGGUAAGGGGAGCGGUGGAAAGGGGAGCUCGGGAGGCAAAGUUAAGGCGAGCGCGAAUGUCACCGCGAUACCAGGCAAUGGCGGGAUCGCGCGGCUCGUUCUGCUGCGCAACAAUUCCUUCGGCGCGAAAUGCCUCGACGGCAGCCCGCCUGGUUACUACCGCCGCGUGGGGUACGGCAACGGCGCCAAGUCGUGGCACAUCCACUUCCCUGGCGGCGGAUGGUGUGCGACGCGCGACGAGUGUGCGGCGCGUGCGACGACGUUUCUCGGAUCGACGAAGUACAUGCCGCAAUCGUCGCAGGGAUCAUGGGUGGGGGAGCAGCUGACGGGAAUUUUGUCUUCCCGUCAGCCGGAGAACAGGCUGUUUUACAACUGGAACCUCGCGCUCCUCGCCUACUGCGACGGAGGGGGCUACGCGGGCAGCGCGGGGAGGGUCGCAGUGAAGGGCAAGGGGAAAGGCGGCGCGCUGUUCAUGCAGGGCGACGCGAUCGUUAAAGCCGUUCUCAGUGACCUCAGCGGGACGCAGAACGGCUUGGCAGCGGCAUCGCGAAUUCUCAUCUCAGGCUGCUCUGCGGGAGGCUUCCCUGUCACGCGCAUAUGCGACUCCGUGGCCGCCGCUCACCCCAACGCCAACGUCAAGUGCCUCAUUGACGGCGCGUUCUUCCUAGAUGCGAGGGACCGGCAAGACAAUUUCACUUUCAGGUCAACUCUACAGAGUGUUGCUUCCCUGCAUAGAUUCACCGACAGCAAAUGCAGCCAAUCUGUAGGUGACGAACCAUGGAAGUGCAUGCUUCCAGAAUACUCGUUAAAGGCAGUCUCAAGGCCAUUGUUUGUCACCAACGCUCUAUUCGACUACACCGCCCUUCAACUGUAUAACCUGCUGCGGAAUACCACAUUUCAAGUCAACAACAGGUGCCUUCGGCAAAUCAUAUGGGAGCAGAACGACCUACCCAAGGCUGUGGCUGCCGACCAAUGGAAGCCCUUCAAUGCAAAGCCCGGAGAGUCUGCCGAGUCUGCGAGUGCAUCGUCGAUGGGUCCGAUCCCGUCGGGCGUGCCCAACACGAAUCUCUACCUCCUGCCGAACAACGACCUCGGCGCGAAAUGCCUCGACGGCAGUCCCCCGGGUUAUUACUUCCGGCCGGGCAGCGGCAGCGGCGCCAAGUCGUGGCACAUUCACCUGCCCAUCGGCGGGUGGUGCGCGACCAUGGAGGACUGCGCGGACCGCGCCAAGACGCCGCUGGGGAGCACGCGCAUGCAGUCGGACAAGAACUGGCGCUGGUCGAAGUUUCUCAGCAAGGGGAUGAUGAGCCCUCUGGCGAAGACUAAUCCAUUGUUUUUCAAUUGGAAUUAUGUCAUGCCCGUGUAUUGCGACGGAGGCGGGUUUCAAGGGAGGGCGGGGUUGAGAUCGGUGCAGGGCGGUCCGUCGCUGUACCUCGACGGUCGAAAGGUUCUCCGUGCGAUUCUUAGAGAUGUCAUGGCGACACGUGGCAUGUCGUCAGCCACUCACGUGCUUCUAUCGGGAGCAUCGGCGGGCGCGCAGGCGGUAACGACCUUUUGUGACUUUAUCGCGGGGCAGCUGCCAGGCGCCACCACCAAGUGCCUUAUGGACUCGGGCGUGUUUGUCGAUGCGCGCGACCGCAAGGGCGGGCGGAGGUUCCGCUCAGUGGCGCAGAAGCUAGUGGCGAUACACCAGUUCCAGGGGAGUGACCGCUGCAGCACAGAGUACAACUCGAGCACGCAGUGGCGCUGUUUCUUCCCGCAGUACUCUCUCCGCUUCGUCUCCCACCCCGUCUUCAUCGCCAACUCCCUCUUCGACCGUCACGCCGCCGUCAUCGGCAACCAAAUGCCGCUCGAUUUCACCUACGCUGACACGUGCCUGACAGAGCUCCUCGCACAGCCAAUCACACGCGCUUCCCGGUGGAUGAAGCCGUCAGCGGACCUAUCGCCGUCCUCGGCCGCCAUGUGUAAGCGCGAGGGGGGGCACGGCGGCGACGCGUCGAGGCUGACGGAGAGCGAGAAGGAGAAGACGAAGCUGCGCGAGCGGCAGCGGCGCGCCAUAACCACCAAGAUCUUUGCCGGCCUGCGCAAGUACGGCGGAUACAACCUUCCGCCGAGGGCAGACAUCAACGACGUUCUGCGCGCGCUCGCCGCGGAAGCCGGCUGGGUCGUCGAGUCCGACGGCACCACCUACCGCUCCCCCGGGUCGCAGCCGCCCACUCGCCACUCGUCGCUGCACAGUCGCACGGCGGCUGCCAUCGCCGCCGGCUCGCUCGCCAUGUACCCGGCACAGCAGGUGACGCAGCUGGCGCCGCAGCUGGCGCCGCAGUCGCCGGCGCAGCUGGCGCAUCUACAACAUCCUGCCGCGCACCUACCGCAUUCCGCGCACCCGCACGCGCUUCCCCAGCUCGCCGCAACCCCGUCGGGCGCAACCGCAUCCGUUUCGCCCAUGUCUCCGCGGGAAGCUUGCGCGUCCGCUCCGCUCGUCGGCUCUCCGCCCUCCGCUGGCAGCCCCUCGCUGCUCCCCCGCUCCCCCCCGCCUUCCGUUCCCGCAUCCGCUACAGCAUCCGCCAGCGGCGCGGUGGGGGGAACCGGCGGAGGCAUGGCGGGCGGUGGGUUGGGUGGCGCAGGCAUGUACGGCGGCGGCAUGAUGGCGGGAAUGAACGGGUUCGGCCUCCCCGGAUCGUUCCCCGCGAUGCACCUUCCGCACGGCAUGCUUGCGCUGAUGCCGCAUCCGCCAGGCACUUCCUCCGCCGCUGCGGCUGGCGGAAUGGGCGCGUUCGCCAUGAGCAUGGGGCCGGGCGGAAUGAGCGCAGGCAUGGGCGCGGGAAUGGGCGCAGGCUUGAGCGCAAGCAUGGGCGCGGGCACAGCGAUGAGCGCGGGCGUGGACAUGAAGAUGGAUCCGCACGGGGAGGGGAUGCUUUUGGCGGGAACGGCGGGAGGAAGCAGCGCAUGCAUGAUGGGAAUGCUGGGGAGCGCGGGGGAUUCCAUGCCCGCUGCCGCCGCGGCAGCCGCGGCUGCCGCCAGUGGGGGCGGAAUGGGCGGUGGUGUGUCCGGCGGUGUUGGCGGCGGAAUGGGCGGCGGGAUGGGCGGAGCAAUGAUGCUUCUUCCCGGAUUCCACUCCCUGCCCCAUGGCGCGGGCUCCGCUGCUGCUGGGGGGAACAUGGGCGGGAUUAUGGGGCCCUUGGGGGAGCUACACAUGGGCGGAGGGUUGCUAAACGGUGGGGGCGGCGGCAGCACUUUGCUCGGGGCGGAAGGGGAGGUGUCCCCAUCUUCCUCGAGUUUUGGCGGCGAUUCGAGAGCCCCAGCCAUGGGAUUCGCCUCCUUCAUUGGGAGAGUCUUCUUUUCCGCCAUUUUCAUCCUCGCAGCAUGGCAAAAGUUCAAUGAUUUCGGUCCCGAUGGCGGACCCGCGUUGAAGAAUAUGACCCCGAAGCUGGAGACGUUUCAGAAUCACUUGAAGGAUUCGUUAGGCCUAUCCGUUCCGCAUGUUGACCCCAAGAUUCUUCUGUUGACAGCGAUCGUGUUGGAAGGAGUGGGUGGCAUUUUAUUUACGAUUGGAAGCAGCUUGGGUGCAUACUUCCUGCUGCUCUUCCUCGUGGCAGUGACGCCCAUCAUGCACGACUUCUACAACUUCAAGCCUGACAGCGCGGAAUACAUCCACGAGUUCAUCCAGUUCCUCAAGAAUCUUUCUCUGGUGGGAGCUCUACUUGUUUAUCUUGGAAUGCGCAGCUCGGCAGCCAAGCUGGCAUCCAGGAAGCGAAAAGCCCCUUCCAAGUCUAAAGUCAGCUGA